AUUUAGGUUGGAUCUCAUGCGUGCCUAUUUAUAUCGGAGUAGAGCACAUAAUCCUGUGAUCUUAGAUCCAAUCUAAAAUCUGUAGCCAUAAUCUGAAAACACUCUGAAUAAAAUUUGUUUUCCGUUCCUACCCAUGGAUGUAGCCAAUUGGCGAACCACGUAAAUUUGUGUCAUCUUUACGUUCUUUUCGUUUGUCGAUUACACAAUUGUCCUAUUUGUCACAACAGAGAAAACUAAAAGUACGAGAGCAUACCUGAGAAACUAGAAACUUAGGAGGUGUUCAGUUUCACAUAAUUGGAGUGCUUCUGAUUAGAAACUGGUCCAGAAAUGGGGAUAGGGUGGCCCACCACAAAAGAAAUAAAUAUGGUGUUCGCUUAUUUUGAAUUGGACGAGUUUUGGUGUAGUCUAGAAGUGGUGUUUUAAGCGUAUAGACAAAAAUACCCCUCAUCACUAAAAUAAAUUCUAGUUUAAACCCUUCUCCAAAAUCAUGGCGCCUCAAAUGAAAAAAAGACGCGGUUUCAUUCCUGUUGAAAUAUUUUUGGGAUUCAAACACUUUCCAUCUCCUAUAUAAAUUAGGAUCAGCCAAAGCCAUACACUAUGUACAAAGUGUGAGCUCUUCAUUCAAUCUGCAGGUAAUCGUCCAACUCGGACGACUGAAUCGGCAAAGCGGUUAGUUCGACAGUGCCCUAAGCAUUCUGUACUCCCUUUACUGAUCCGAGCAAGAUUGGUCUGGUGGUGUUGUUGUUGUGAUGUCGUCGAAACGUACUACAACUGAUACGAAUGGGGGUUCAACUGGGGGUGGAAAUGGCCCUGUUCGAAACAAGUUCCGCAAAGGAGACCGUACCCGGCGCAUGUGGGUAGUAAGAGAGGAAGAAAUAUUGGUUUCAUCCUUGCUAGAGUUGGUGGCGCGUGGCUGGAAAUCAGAUAAUGGCUUCCGUGCCGGGUACUUGCAGAAGAUUGAGGAUGACAUUCGUAAAGAAUUUCCGAAUACCGACAUUAAGGGAACCCCUCACAUUGUUUCCAAAAUUGGCGCAUGGAAAAAGAACUACAACAGCCUUCGAGGCAUACUAAGCCGCAGUGGCGUAGGUUUCAAUCUCAACAACAACUAUAAGAUAGAUAUUGAUGACGAUCAAUGGGCUCAAGUUGUGGCGGCCGGCAAAGAUUAUGCGAAACAAAUCGUGGCCAUUUUGGGAAGAUUGGAAAAUCAUUUUCGGCAAAGACCGGGCUUGCGGUGGAGGUACGGAGAACAUUGACGUUGCAGCUAAAUUACAGAAAACACAAAUGACAACUGACAGCCAAAUUAACGAGAAUUCUUACCACCCCACCUUUGAGGAUUUCCUUGGUAAUGAGUUGCCUUCAAAUCUGUCUCCUUUGGCCGAAAAACAGAACAGCAGCGAAGCGCAGUCCACGCAGCAACAUCAUUUCUCAGAGGCAAAAACAAGCAGGCAGAAAAGAAAGCUCUCAACUUCUGAUGACGCGCUCAUGGAGUUCCUAGGAAAUUUGCAUGCUCAGACCAAUGCGCGCUUGGACAAAAUCUCUUCUAGGAUCGGUUAUGAGUUCGACGUUGCGCAGGCUCGCGAAGAGGUCUUUGAAAAAUUGGGAUGCGUUGACGGUCUCACUCUUGAGCAGCGUUAUGAUUUGUGUGACAUUCUCAGUGACAAGCCUCAACGAAUGGAGGUUUUCAAGGGAAUGCCUGUGAAUGCUAAGUUGGGAUAUGUGUUGCGCCUCCUAGCUAAAAAUCGUGCUGCUGUCUGAGUUGGUGUCUGCUAAGUCAGGGUUCUCUAUCUUUUGGUUGUACAUAAUCUAGAAGCAUAUAACUACUACUAUGUUGCUGCUUUCCUACUGGUUUUUAGGUAUAUGUGGCUGUUAGGAUUUGUUGUUGGUGUUGGAAUCAAAUUAAUGAUUCACACAAAUCAUACAUGUUGAAUACGAUUGAUAAACAUAAAACGGAAGUGUACAUGGAUUCGGAUUCAUGAUGUUGAUUCUAAAGUAUGGAAAUUAGCCUUCCAAGUGACAA